UAUACUUUUUCUUUCCCCGUGAAAUUACGAAUCUUCUUCGAGCAGCUGUUUAAGAAGAAUACCGUAAGUACCUGUACGGAACCAUUCGGUGUAGGGUCCGUCACAGUCUGACGUCACGGAAAAAUAUGGAGCAUUUGCCAGAAGACAACUCCAGAUACAAAGACGUUGACUACUGGGAUGAAAGAUACAAAACAGAGCAGGGCUAUGAAUGGUUGGGCAGCUUCUCCAAAUUCCAGCAUCUUGUUGAAAAGCACAUCAAGAAAGAUGACUCCAUUCUGGUUCUUGGUUGUGGGAACAGUAGUAUGAGUGCCGACAUGUACAGCGCUGGUUACCAUUCCAUCACCAACAUUGAUUUCUCCUCAGUGUGCAUCAGUGCCAUGAGUGCCAGGCACAGCGAUUGUCCGGGCAUGAGCUGGCAACAGAUGGACAUGUCCCAGCUCUCCUUCCGCGACGAGUCCUUUGAUGUCGUUCUGGAGAAGGCCACACUGGACUCUGUAAUGGUGAUUGAGAAAAACCCUUGGAAUGUGUCCCCUCAAACGACCUCUCUCAUUCACCAGGCACUGACAGAGGUUAGUCGCAUCUUGAAGCCUGGAGGCCGCUUCUUGUCCAUCACAUUCACCCAGCCUUUCUUCAGGAAACAACUAUAUGCUCGCCACGAGUACAACUGGUCAAUCAAACACUAUAGUUAUGGAGAUAGCUUCCACUAUUUUGUGUAUGUGAUGACCAAAGGAGAAGAGCUCAGUCCAGAAGAUGCAGCGCUGCAGAGAAGACUACAGGAGGCAGCCAAAAAAUCACCUCCUUAUAUCACUGCAAUGCAAGAGGAGGAUAAGGAAGAGUUCCUGAGUAAGAUUGACUUGUAAAACCCUUACAUCAGCAAUGUCACACACAUCUUUGGAAUAUUCCUACAUGUUUACAGGUAUCAUACCUUGUGUUUUUAUGCUACCUUUUAUAAUUGAUAUGACCGAAAAGAGACAUUUGUACAAAAACAGGAACUUUUUAGCUUUCACAAAUACUAGUAGUCAAAUUUUAAAAAGUAUUAAUGGUUUAAAAAAUCACUUUGACAGUAUUGGAUUUAUACUCCACACCAUAAGUGUGACUCAGUGAGUAUAUAUUUCAUCAUCGUGUCAAUAAUCUGGAUUAAAAACAUGUUCAUGUCACAGCUGUUUAUAUUUCAAAAGCAACUUAUUUCAAUUGCAGGGUUUAGUUUAAUUUCUCCAAAUUUCAUUGCCAUUACAGAGCUACAAAUAGUUAUAUGGGGCCAUCUAGUUUAGCUAUCCUUGAUUCUAUGAUUCUUUGUUUUUAUAUGCAAACCUCUACAUCCUGUUUUCCCACGUAGUUAACAUUAUCUUUCUGAAACCCUGCAUCCACAUAUGGGACCAUCAUUACCUACCCACCCACCCACACAAAAAAACCUAAUUCCUUUUCAGGCUCAGGUCUUAGGAGGUUGAAGACUCUGACAAUGUAUAAUGAUAGAUACCUCAUUAAAAACAAUAUAUUAAUAUAUGUUAGAAAUAUCUCCCUUGAAACUGCACAAUUUUUUAUUGUUUACUUUUACAUUUUUUUUUCUAUUCUCUGUGCUUUUGGUGUGUGAUUUUAUAUUAUUUUUUUCAGGGUGAAACUCUGUUCCUGAUGAAAACAGGUUUGGGACCAACAA